AUGUCUUUACUAAAUGUGGACGAAGAUAUGAAGAUUGCACUUGAAAAGCUGUGCAACGUGAGCUUCCCAUGUGUAGAGACCUGCGACGUGGAUAUGAGCGACCCCUGUCCUACCGGAUGGCUCGUAAAAUCGGACGCCUUCGGAAAUGCUCUCAGCUGUCUUCCCCCAGAUAACUACAUGGGUCCAUGUGGGGAGGAGACCAAACUGAUGGCAAUUUUUGUUGCAUCAUCCCAACCCCCACGUACUGAAGGUCUCCCCAACUUGAAGUCGAAAGAGCGCAUGGCAUAUGAGUGUGGCGUCAGGUGGCCCUCUGCCAAUCGGAUAGACUACGAGCAAUUCUGCCCUAACGGAUGGACGAAGAACCAACAGGUAUACUGUGUUGCCCCCCCAAGUUAUGAGGGUCCUUGUGCGAGGAAAAAAUUAUUUGGAUCAUUCGAAAAGGGAAUGAAAAGGGCUUACGCUGAAGAGUGUGAUGUUGAAUGGCCCCUACUAGGAAGGGAAGCGUCUGACUCGUACCCCAAAGGCUCAGCCCUACGGAAGAGGAAACAUAACAUUGGCCCUGUCGACCCAUUCACUGGGGCCAUAAUCUCCGGCACUGAGAAGUGA